GGGGGGGGUUGAGCCCCGUGAGCGGCGGGAGCAGCGCAGGGACCCUGGGGGGGUCCCGGCCCGGGGGUGUUCGCAUGAGCCCCCCCGCCAUGGCUGCGGGCAGCGGGGCAGCGGGGGCGGCUCCCCGGGAACACCGCCUGCAGCCCGGGGACACCUUGGCGGGGCUGGCGCUGCGCUACGGGGUGACGAUGGAGCAGAUCCAGCGUGCCAACCGCCUCUACACCUCAGACACCAUCUUCCUCAAGCCCACCCUCCUCAUCCCCGCCACACCGCAGCCCCCCCGGGGGUCACCGUGCCCCCAGGACCAGGACGAGGAGGCGGCUCCCGUCCCCCCGGGGGACACCUCGGUCGCCACCCCCUCCCCGUCCCGCCACGACCUCUCCGCCACCGAUUUCCUGCGCCGGCUCGACGCCGAGAUCGGGCGCUCCAAGGAGGCUGCGGCGCGGCGCCUGCGGGCGGGGGGCGUGGCUGAGGCCGAAGGCACCCGGAGCCCCAAGGACAGGGACCCAGCAGACCCACGGGGACCCCGACUCGGCCCACGGCCCCUCACCAGGACCCCCCGGGCGGCCACGCUGCGGGACACCGAGGACGAGAUCUUCACCCUGUGACACCGGGGACACUGGGGACACCAGGGACAAGAUCUUCACCCUGUGACACCGGGGACACUGGGGACACCAGGGACAAGAUCUUCACCCUGUGACACCGGGGACACUGGGGACACCAGGGACAAGAUCUUCACCUGGGGACAUUGGGGACAAGAUCUUCACCCUGUGACACUGGGGACACAGGGGACGUGUCACUGUGACUGUCACCCCUCGAAGAUGCCACCCCCCAGCCCCAGCCAGGGGAUGGCAGAGGGGACACAAGGAUCUUGAGGAGGGGGUCACACACGUUUGUGUCCCCUCUGUGUCUCUUUCGUCCCCCUGCAGGGACACCCGUGUGCAAAGCCACUUGUCCAGGGUGACUGGGAGGUACUGGGGGGUUACUGGGAGGUACUGGGAGGGAACUGGGAGGUACUGGGAGGUUACUGGGAGGUACUGGGAGGUAACUGGGAGGUACUGGGAGGUAACUGGGAGGAGCUGAUGUUUUUCCCCUCUAUUUAUUUGUACGUCUGUGCUCUCACGUGGAGUGGGAUCCCCACGGGGACAGGGACAGUCACCAAGAGCCUGUAAAUAAAGCAGAACACUGUCACCUG